AUGAAAACAUUUUUUUAAAAGAAGGACCACUCAAAUCUAAAAGUCAAACAAUACAUCAAGUAGACUAUUGAAUUAACAAACUUAACUGAUUCUGUUAUACUUUUUUUAUCAUUAAGAGAAAGAAACCCUUUUAUAGUCAAGAAAGCUACAUUAAAUUAUCAUGAUUUUUUGAAUUGGGAUAUCAAAAAGCUUCCAUUAAUUGGUUAAAGCAUAAAUGUAUUAAUGCCUCCCUAAAUUGCUAGCUUUCACGAUGAAGCAAUCAACGUAUACUACUAUUAAUCAUAGAAAUAUAAUGAAGACAGUUUAACUCUUGACUCAAUAAGUUAAAGAGAGUAGAUUGGCAUAGAUGGAAGGGGUUGGGCUACUUGUUAUAUGAUUUACUUUUAAUUAACUAUUUUCUCAGCAACAGAAAUAGGAAUCUGUUCAAGAAUAUAAAAAUAAAAAGAAUUCACUGAUUGUUUGAUUGCAGAUGCAAAAACUUUAUAAAUUAUAGCAAUUUCUGAAAAUCUACAUGAAAAAUUAAUUGGUCAUAACAAUCUCUCAAACUAAAUUAAAAAUAUAAAAAUUAAUAUGAUAAUGAAAGAUAUAGAAAAUUUUAUUGAAGAAUUAAAUCAAAAUAAUUCAGAAUAUGGGUUAUUAGAAACAGUUCUUACAAAGCCUUCCAUUGAAUUGUUAAGAAGACACAGCUUAAUAUAAAAAUCUGUAAGGCAAUAGGAUAAUGAAGAAGCGGUAGCGUUUUAGUUGAAAGCUGACUGUAUUUACAAAAAAAGCAAAUACCUAAGAAUUAUUCAAAUAAAAGUAAUAAGCUUAAGAUAAAUAAAUAGCUCAUAAGAUAAUUUAAACGAAUUAGAACCAGAAAAAAUAAAGAGAAUUUCUUCUAUUUUUGAUGAUAAAAAACUAUUUUAAUCUAAAAUUUUUAACCAAAAUGAAAAAAAUUUUUUCCAUUUACAAACCUUGUCUUUCAAUAAAUUUUAAAAUAGUCCCAUAUCCAGAUUUUCUAAAAUAGAAAAUUUCGAUGAUGAAACUCCAACUGCAAAAAGAUAGCUAUCUUAAAGGACUGAGCUAAUAGUAAGUUAAACACAAUCUAAUAAUGACAAUCUUUAUCUCACUGAUAGAAUUUUUUCAAAUAGCAGUAAGUAUUUCUAAAAUAUCCUUUUUACUUUUUUUUUCGAAAAUAUUAUUCCAUCAUCACAAUUAGAGAAGAGAAUCGAAAAUAUCCAUAAAAUCAAAAUGAGUGGAAGUUGA